AUGACAGAAGUUUUUACGAGAACAAAGUUCGACAUCCAACCUUUAGAUAAGGUGACUGAAGAAGGAAGAAAGGUCAUCAAGCUUCCACAGGUGGAAGACAAGAGGUCUCUGAAAGUGACCAAGGAGAUGUUGACCAUUUCUGAGCCAGCCACUCCUGAGAAGAUCUACGAGAAGCUCAAGAUCUAUGGAGGUUGUAUCGUUAAGAACUAUCUCAGUCCGGAGGACUGUGAGCAAAUCCUUGCAGACGCUAAGCCAUACAUUGACAAGUGGGCUACCAAGGGGGACGCAAGUAACUUCAUUUCUCCCACUACCCGCCGUGUGAGUGGAAUGUGUGUCAAGUCCAAGACUUGCGCGGAAAAGUUUUUGGCGCACCCACUCAACAUCGCAGUUUCCAACAGGAUCUUGGGUAAGGAGAAUGUCUUCAGAAUUGGAGACGAGGCUGUCACCGGUUUCUCCAAGGCUCAACACAAUUCGACCAUCACAUUCGAUGUUGGUCCUGGCUCUAAAGACCAGAUCUUGCACAGAGAUGACGUUCUGCAUCACAAUAUCCGCAAGCACCAGGAAACGUAUCAAGAAGGAACCGAAACUGCUUUGGGUACUGCUCUCGCUUUGAGAAAGACUACCAAAGCUAACGGUGCGACCAGAUUCAUCCCAGGCUCCCACUUGUGGGAUCAGUACCGUCGCCCAACCGAGGAGGAUGCUGUCUACGCCGAGAUGGAACAGGGAGACUGUUUCUUCAUGCUCGCUUCUUGCUUCCACGGGGGUAGCGCAAACACCACCGAGGACGAGCACAGAUAUGUUCUUAUCUUAUUUAUGACUCAAGGUACACUUAGACAAGAGGAGAACAUCUUUUUGGGAACCCCACUUGAGUACUUCAAGUCUUUGUCUCUUGAAGCCCUAACGGCUCUUGGUUUGCAAACCAGUCAACCAUUCUGCGGAUGGUAUGAAAACGAGGACCCAAUCAAGGUGCUCCUUCCCGACGCAAAGGGCUACGAAUUUACGCAGUUCAAGGAGGUUUACCAGAUUGAAGAUUAA